UUAAAUUCUAUAAAAACAUCAUACACCCCCACUUAUACUAUCAUUCUACAUUCUAAUUCCAACAAAAAAAUAGCAACCAUGUUUUGUGGAGCUACAAUAGCUCUCUCCCUCCUCUCCCUCUUGUUACUCUCCCCAGUUACAUUAUCAGAUAAAUGCAACCCACAAGACAAGAAAGUAUUGCUCCAAAUCAAAAAAGACUUCAACAACCCUUACCUUUUAUCCUCAUGGGAUCCAAAAACAGGUUGUUGUGGCUGGUACAGCAUUCAGUGUGAUGAAAAAACCAACCGUGUCAUCUCCCUCGAUAUUUCGGAUAGCCCGGCAUUCACCAAUUUCUCGGGCCAUAUCCCUCCUUCGGUAGGUGACCUCCCUUACCUUGAAUCUCUCACAUUCCAUAAACUACCUUAUCUCACAGGCCCAAUUCAGCCCGCAAUCGCUAAACUAAAAAAUCUCAAAUAUCUUUUUAUCGAAUAUACCAAUGUCUCAGGUUCAAUACCGCCUUUCUUGGCCGAACUUAAAAACCUUCAACUUCUUCACCUUUCCACCAAUAACCUCUCAGGCCCAAUACCAAGCUCACUUUCCCAAUUGCCUAAACUCGAGUCCUUGCACUUGGACCGAAACAAGCUCACGGGCCCAAUUCCAGAAUCAUUUGGGUCAUUCAAAAAGCCCGGCCCAGAUCUCAUCUUAUCUCACAACCAGCUUUCUGGGCCUAUUCCGGCUUCAUUGGGCCAAUUAGAUCCUGAUAGGAUAGACUUGUCGAGAAACAAAUUUGAAGGUGAUGCUUCUGUGCUUUUCGGGAGCAAGAAAAAGACACAAAUACUUGAUGUUUCGAGGAAUUUAUUGUCAUUUGAUUUUUCAAAAGUUGAUUUUCCGAAACAGAGUUUGAUAUGGUUAGAUAUUAAUCAUAAUAAGAUUUAUGGGAAGAUUCCGGUUGCAUUGACGAAAGUCGAAAAUUUGCAGCAGUUUAAUGUGAGUUAUAAUAGAUUGUGUGGUGCGAUACCUCAGGGUGGAACUGGGAGAUUGCAGGACAGGUUUGAUGAGUAUGCUUAUCUUCAUAACAAGUGUUUGUGUGGCAAACCACUUCCAAAAUGCAAGUGAUAAAAGAAAACUUGCUAAGUUGACAAUAAAUGAAUCUCAUGUUUUCAAUGAGACAUAAGAAUGAGAGUUUGUAUUUGAGUACGAUAUGAUUUCCAUGCAAUUUGUUCAAUGUUCAAUUGCUAAGUUUUUUUUUCUUUUGACAAA